CUGCAUCAUUGCUUUGGUCAUUUUGUGUUUUCAUUCUCUUUCUACAUCGUAUUUGGUAUGAAGGAUAUCGAUAAAAGCUUGCGCUAAAGUUUCUUCGUUCGAUUUUUGUUUCCCUCAUGUUCAUACUACAUUGUUGUCGUACAUCGUCAUCGGUUCGCUGUUUCUCAUAUUGAUGGGACCAGCCAAGGUCUACGUUUCGUUAUCGGUUCUUGUAAAAACCGAAGCGUCUCCUGUCGCAUCAUUCAUAUUUUUUACUCACUAAAUCACAGUCAACACGGACUACUUGUAACAAUGUUGUCACAAAUUAAUUCACGAAAAUUGAAAAUCGUUCUUGUCACGCUCACGACGACAUGAUGAUUUUCUCUGACAAAAAAACGGGUCAUUAUAGACUCGCUCCGUAUGUUGAGAUUUGCGUUGCUAUUGUACCAAUGUUUUUUCAGCACAAUAUCUAUGGGUGCAAACAGCCACAACAGACGGAUAAGAAGUGGUUUAAUGUCAAUUUACUGGAGCAGAAAAUUGUUGCUGUACUUGUUUUCCGCUUAUAUGAAAAUAAUGACUAUAUUCAACAUGCCGGAUUAUACUGGCUGAAAAUUAAUCGCAAAAGCGAAAAGUAAGAGAGUAUGAAAGAACGAGAUCGGGGUUCUUGCCCUGUUGAGGGGCUGUGCGUGCCCCCAGUGUACAAGAAACCUUGUCAGCUUCAUCGAGGGUUCCAAAAGAUGCGUACGAGUACGCCUUCGCAGCUAUCCUUCUCCGAAACGAUUGCUCGUGCCAC